AUGUCGCCCUCGAGGAUAAAUGAGCUUACGCCCCCAGCAAUACAGGAGGGCAUCGUCGCCGACAGUAAUGGCGCGCCCGUGGUAUCGGCCAAGGCACCAUAUCCGCCUCUGGGACCAGACCAAGUGUGCGUCCGCACCGAGGCCGUGGCGAUUAACCCCAGCGACACCAAGAUGACGGGCGACUUUGUCGUACCCAAUGCCCUCUUCGGAGCAGACUACGCCGGGACCGUCGUCGAGAUCGGCUCGCAUGUUCAAGGGGUCGGAAUCGGAGAUCGUAUAUGCGGUGCUCAGCACAGCAUGUUUGCCGAGACGCCGUUCAAUGGGGCUUUUGGGCGGUUCAACGUCACCAACGGAUCUGUCUGGUUGAAGCUCCCGCCAACAUGGAGCUCCGAGGCCGGAUCUUCGCUCGGCGCCAGUGUCAGCACCGCCGGCCUUGCCAUCAGGGCUCUGGGCUUACCGCUCCCAGACGAACCCCGGAGUGUGUCUGACUGGGUUUUGGUGUAUGGUGGUAGCACCGCAACUGGGACCAUCGCCAUUCAGUUGCUGAAGCUCGCCAACCUCAUCCCGAUAGCAGUCUGCUCACCCAAGGGUUUUGACCUGGCAAAAUCCCGUGGCGCAGUAGAGGUGUUUGACUAUCGGGAUCCAGAGUGCGGGGAGAAGAUUCGGAAUUAUACUUCCAACAAUCUGAUGUAUGCUCUAGACUGCAUAACGACCGUAGAGUCGACUCAGGCGUGUUUCAAGGCCAUCGGACGUGCUGGCGGCAAGUAUGUAUCUCUCGAUCCGUUCCAGCAACACGUUGCAACGAGGAAGGUCGUCAAGACGGACUGGGUGCUGGGCCCCGCGAUCUUCGGCGACGGCUCGACCUGGCCGGCCCCUUACGGGCGACCGGCCGACCCCGAGUUGAAAGAGUUCGGUGCCAAACUCUGGGCGAUUACACAAAAGCUGGUCGACGAGGGCAGACUGCAACAUCAUCCACUGCGUGUGCUCGAAGGCGGCUUUGAGGACAUUGUCAGGGGGAUGGAGCUGGUGAAGAAGGGCCAGGUGUCUGGGGAGAAGAUUGUUGUCCGGCUAUCACAAUAA